GGAUAACGUCAUCAAACGACUUACAUGACACCUACAUCCUACAUGUCAACUCAGUGUAUAUUUUGUGAUGUCAACUGUCACUACCGUUGUUCUUUGUUCUGUGAAAUCCUGCGGCCCGUUCACUUGAUUACCUAAUCAGCAAAAAAUGUUCGCCAACACAGCUGCCAGACUUGCUCAGCGCAUCCAGCCUACCGCAGUCAACUCCGCUAGGAACAUGUCUGUGCUUUCGGGCCCCCCACAGGUGAGGAUCUCUUUCGCCGAGAAGGUUAUCCAUGGAAUUGCCAUCACCGUUGGAAUUAUGGCCGUUCCCGCCUGGGUUUUGUUGCACAUUAGGAGCUACAGGGGUCUGGAUUAGAAUUAUAACUACAUGUGAUUUUUAUUUAGUAGUAUCAACUUUGAACUGUGUAUUAGGGCUUCAGUGCGCAGUUUAGCGAUUGUUUCUGUAAAAUAGAUGGAUUUUUAAGUACAGCUACCUUAUUUUGUCAUAUCCUAAACACAAUAAUAUAAAAUGCCAAUAAUGGUUUUAUCUUUUUUGCAGCAGCAAAAGUAAAGUUGUAAGGUGGCCAGCACCAACCUAGAGAAUUCAAAACCAAAUUAGUGUGUUGCUGAAAAUAAUAAAAAUUGGUAACCUCAGAUGAUCUGUAUAUGAAUGUAAUAGAACUAUGUAGCUUCAAUAUCAAAAAUAUAUAAUCAUCCAUGUACUCAUAUAGAACUCCUGAUGUUUCCAGUUUUAUACAUUUUAGAAACAUACUUCUUUAGUUUCAUAUUCUCUUUCUUGGUACUUGUCAUGUUUAAUUCUUACUCAUUUAUUCACUUUCUUACAGGUCUCCUUUUGCAAUUCAAAAAAAAUAGUACCUAGUUUGCUAUUUUCAAUUCUUCAGGAUUUGUAUUGUACAUUUUACACCUUUAUACCAAAUUGCAGUAUCAAAAUCACUUUCCUAAAACUGUCUGUUCUAUAAAACUUUCUAGGAAAGCCCAAUAAUAGGGUGGCCACUCUAAACUAAGUCAUGAAAAUGAGGGAAAGUAAAAGUGGUGAGGGGAAAAAUUAAGGGCAGAUAAUGAAAAUUAUUGCCGCUCUACAAAAUAUAUUGGAAAUAGUGAGCUUUUUUAAUUAAUUCAAAAGUGAUCAAAACAGAUUUUUUUAAACCAUUCAGGGAAAUUGUAAACAACCUUUUUAUUGCCACCCUGUUUUAAAAAAUAAAACAUGUUAAUAUGCCUCAUUUUAUAUUUUCAACAUACAUUUCAUAGUUAUACAUUACAUAAAACUGAGCUGUCAGCAUCAAAAAC